AUGGGUCACCAGUCAACAAAUGAUCUUCUAGAACAGUUAGAUAAACUCUUAAACGUGUAUGAUUUUUCUAAUACUACGCGAACUUCCUUGCUGGGAUGUGUGAACUUAAUAUACCAAUCAGAUUUGGAAGAGACUUAUAGCAAACCUAUGUUAUGGAUUGGGUUGUAUAUCGCGUUGGCAUCUCUGGUUUGCAUCCUUGCCAUGGUGGCUGAUUUAAUACAUGGUUUACGUAGCCGACAGCUAUGGUUUCCGUGUAAAUACUUUAGAAUUAAUGCUGCUUUUCUCACCCUUAUAUCUAUAGCAAUGAAACUACCUGUGGAUCUAAGUGGUUCGAUGCCGGGUGUUGUGGACCAAACAGCCAAGCUCGGAAGCAUGGCCUUUAUGUGCACCAUGAUGGCUAAUUUAUUACCUUGUUUAGCAACCAUGAACAACGAUGAACUUCUGUCAAACAUCACAGCUUUGUGUGUUCUUGUAAUCACAUUGGUUGUGAAUGUUUGCAUUCAAAUACAAACAGGUGUUUUAGAUAGUCUAAGCGCCAUAGUAGCCAUCAUGUAUGUGACUUGGUUACUUGAGUUGUUGCUAUUACAUCUGUGUUCAUCAUUAGCGAUUGUAAAAUCCAAACAGAUUAUAGAAUCAAAAUACCAAAAACGUCAUGAUGCAGCUUCAGAAGACAUUCAACAAUCAUCAGGAAGAUUAUUAACUGUUGAGAAGCUGCAAAAGCAUGUGCGCAACCACUGGAUUAUGGCAGCAAGUGGCAGCCCCCAAUUCAUCACAGCUUGCUCUCCUGCAGCAUCUGCUUCUGGGGUAAUAUGUGCUUUAAUCACUGGCUUACACGCUCUUACUAUGCUAGUAGGUAUUAUGGGUAUGAAGGAGAAGGACUAUCAGUCGGUUUAUAAGUGGUCGAUGAUGGUAAUUCUCAUAGUACAAUCUAUCGGAGUUGUGAUUGGUGCAAUUGCACCACUUUCUAGAUGUUUUGCAACAUUAAGCUUUAAAGUUUCAUCCAAAAUCAUUUUAAACCAUUUUAAGGUCUUUAAAGUAGAGAGCUACUGGACAUGGAAGUUAUAUGAUUGGAAACAUGGUGGUAUACAUGAAUUUCGUAGCCGCAACCUCGAGGUGAUCAUUGAGACUUUGAAAAAGCUAAUUCUCAGCUUAUGUAUAAAGUUUCAAAAGGGAGUUGUAGUGAUGUGCAAGAUAACGGCCUUGGCCCCGUUUCUCUUUAUGAUAUGUGUCUUGUAUUGUUUCCGUUGUAUGAAGUGGUUAUUAAAGGCCGUGUUUACUUCACUGGGAAAGAAGUUUGAGAAGUUGGAACGAAACAAUGAUCUUCGCCCUUACGUUUUACAACUUGAUGAUGACAUCGAGCUUGCUGAGAGAACACUGGUAGGCCUUAUAAAAUAUGUAAACCAAUUUAUGGAAAAGGGUGCAAAAAGUUCACCUGACAAUCUCAUGAAGUUACUUAAAAAAAGUACUAGAGAUUUUCAAGGAGUGCAAAAGUUUGACCACAUUGAUCAUGAUGUUCCAUCAAAAGUAGAUUAUCAAGACUGUUGGAGGUUACCUGUGGUAACCUUAACAGCCAUUGCAGUUUCUCUUCCUGCGAUCGAAAAGGAGGAAGUUGAUAGCUUGUUAGAAAGUGUGAGGGAAGGUCUGGUAUAUGUCACAAUUGUGGAAAAAGGCCUCAAUGCAACCGAUAACCAUGUUAGUGCGCAAAAGGCGACUGAAACUUUGUGGCGAGAAAUUAGAUUAGGCAAAAAAUGGUUAGGAAACGAGUUGCAAGACCCUGCUCUUCAAAUGAAUACAGCCGGGCAGAUUGUUGAAUGGUUAAGGGAUAGAGCUAAAAACAUGGCUUUCACGAAGGAGACAAGCAAGAAUAAUAUUGGAGGUCCAAAUGAUGAUCCCAUAACAAGGUCUAUUUGUGCCUACUCAAUGUAUCGUAUAACUGAAACAAUCCUGCUUGCCUACCACACCAACAAUGAUGCCACAGUUAGCCAAAAGGAACUAUUUGAUACCUUAUCAUCAAUGAUCGCUGACAUAAUCGCCGCUUGUCUCACCAACUUACCACAAGUCAUAAGAAUGAAAUGCCACACUUGUGCGAUAGAGGAAAGGGAGGCGAGUGUCAAAGAUGCAGCCCAACUUCUAGGUGAGACUACACAAAUAAUCGGAAUCCUUCAAGAUCACUAUAUUCCAAACAUGGAUCCAAGUGACAUGCCAUAUCUCGACAAAUGGCGUUCUUAUUUAAGUAAUCCCUGA